AUGGCUCUCACUUCUUCUCUCCUCCCCCUCCUCCCCCUCCUCCUCCUAACGCUCUCCUCCUCCGCCGUCGCCGGAAAAUGCAAUAAAGACGACAAGGAGGCCCUCGUCGCGAUCACGCCCCUCAUUCGCUUCCCGACUACCAAUUCGCGUUUGCGGGUGGACGAAACGACUCGCUUGCUGCCGACUGGUACGGCGUUCGACUGCGACGGCCUUUCACUCUCCGUCUGUGGUCUGGCCUCAGCCGUGUUCGCUGAUGACGCACUCACACGGCACCCUCCCGCUCCGCAAUCGGCCGACCUCCCCUUCUCCCAAACCCUCGUCUAUCACAAGCUCCCCAGGCCAUCGUCAGGCCGGCAUCCCCGCCUCUUUUCACAAAGCGUCAAGAAGCUCUCACCUCCUCUUCCUCAGCUGGAAACUCUCUCUUCGGCCGGUUCCGUCCUUCCCUCCCAAAUCCAAUCUCUCACCGACCUUGCUGACCUCUCCUUCAACAAGAUUAACGCGGUGGGUGGGCUCGUGCUGUUCAACGUGAGCUACAACAGGCUGUGUGGGGAAAUACCCAGUGGGAGCGUGACGGCGAAGUUCGAUGAGUUCUCUUACCUGCAUAACAAGUGCUUGUGUGGAGCUCCCUUGCCCGCGUGCAAGUCAGACUGA